CAACUCUUCUCUUCUUCUUCUUCCUCCUAUUAACUUCCACCUGACAUUUCUCUAGCGAGACAUAAAACCAUGGGUUUCCAUCGUCCAAGUGUAACUCAUGCAAAGAAAGUUCUUUGGCGGUCUUUUUCAAAUUCAAGUCGCGGAGGUUCAUAUAACUUAGUAGAUGUCCCAAAAGGUUUUUUAGCUGUUUACGUUGGGGAGAACGAGAGACAGCGGUUUGUCAUUCCUGUAUCAUAUCUCAAUCAACCUUCAUUCCAAGACUUGCUAAGUGAGGCUGAACAAGAAUUUGGAUUUGAUCAUCCAAUGGGUGGUCUAACAAUUCCCUGCAGACAAGAUACCUUCAUUGAUAUUAUUUCUCGGUUUUGAAUACAUUGUGAUUACUUGAGCUGCGUUAGAUUUUCGUAAAGCAAAAAUUUUCUACACACACUACAAUUUUUUUUCCUUCUGUGAGUUUCUGAAGGAUGAUGUAAAUGAAGAUUGUAAUAGCAACUUUUAUAACAAUAGUUUCUUUACAAGACGAGUAUCUCUUAUCUACCACUAGCUAGGUCAAAAGUGUGAGGCAUAACCGUGGUCCGUGAAGAAUUACAUGAUUUGGUAACGCUUUGGUUGUAGGAUGUAAUUAUGAAAUUUUUUGUGAGGAGAAAAAACUGUAUCUUUGAAUGAUGUAAAUAAAAAGGGGUGUGCUAUCCACACACCCCAUUUUACUUCUCACACACCCUUGAUAAUUUAUGUCCGUUGAUCUUCU